AUGUCGCUGCAGGCGCCUGCCCGGGUCGCCGUAGCAACGACUGAAAGUGAUGCAGCUCAGAGCCAGCAGAUCCAGGAGAUUGCCUCCGAGGUUCUGCGGCUGCGGCUGGUCCAAUCGCAGUACAAGCAGUUGGAGGGCCAGCUUCGCACCACAUCGGAGAAACUGCGCGACCUCCUUCCGGACAAGGCACCCCACUUCUCGCAGUACCUGGAGCAAGGUUUGCGCCCUGGGGGCACUGUUGGCACGCUGGGAGGUUUUCAUGGUGGCGCAGAACCUGAAAGCCUGUUGGGGAUAAUGGAAUGCUUGUGCGUGGUUUGCAACGCCCAAGUUACUUCCCGGCGGGAAGACCUCGUGGCUGCUUGUCAGUGGCUUCUUGAGGAUCCCAAGUGCCUGGCCGAAACUUUGGCGUCGCUGCCUGCCGCACCGGGAGCUUUGUCCCGGAGGUUGGCCCCCUACCUGCUAACAUGCGACAGCAGCUGGCGGGGAAGCUUGAAUGAGGCUGGGCAAUGCUAUGAGGCAUUUAGAUCAUGGCUGUCCUGCUACUACCAGUACUCGUUGGUGUCUGCACAGAUGGAGGCCAGCGCAGCUCAAUUGCAGCUUCAGGAGCAGCUGCUAAAAGAACUGAACAAGGAGCCGUCUGCAGGCACAGACGUCCCUCGCAGUACGCAAGUAAAAUCAGCGGUGUGGCGUCACUCGUCGGGUCUUAGGCGGUCGUCCUCUGUGCAGUCGACCUCAAGUGCGGGAAGUCGGCGAUCGCCAUCACCAUCUGAUGUAAAGGUGGCAAGACCUGGCGAGGCUGGUGGUCGAAAGAGUGCAGGCGGUGCUAUUUCUUUGACGCGUGUCUCCCGCGAGGCUUCUCAGAAGAGUCCACUUGGGCGUAGUGAGAAGUCAUUGAAAACGGCCUCGCAAACUCCGACGACCAGCCAGGGCCAGCCACCCGCGUCACGACCGUCGCUGAUACGCACUGCUUUCGGUUCUGAGAAGGGCACGGAGCCUUCGCCGAGAACGCGGCUAGCUCUUGGUGGUCACCAGCCUCUGGCAUUGAGCGGCGCUCGGCCGACGCGCAGUGCCACCGCUGUGGCGCCUCCGGGUCCACCAGCUCUGAGCCCUCGCCGCACCGUCCCGUACAGCGCGCGGGGCUACGUGGACCCGCCGAAGACUCUCUUAUCGUCACGACGUCAGAUAGUCCCGGCUGUCCGGGCAAGGCGCUCUCCGAGCCGAGAGGUCCCUACACCAGGCUCCAAAGCAGCAUCAGCCCGGGCAACGCCUGUCCAAGCGGCCAAAGCGGUCGAAGGGAAGCCGGCAGAAGUCAGUGCAACUGCCGAGCCGCUCCAGCCGGAGAGCGGGCAGUCGUCGGCACUGUACAGGUCCCGGAGCCUGCACAGCAUCUCUGAGCCGGAGGUUGGUGUCAGUCCGCCGCUGUCAACCCGAAUUGCAAGGCAUUCGGAGACCUACAGUGCGCGUUUGCGACCGGCACAGAUCACGCCAAUCGCCAGCCGACUCGCUUCCUCAGCCACGCAGCUUCAGCCCAGGUCGUAUGGCUCGGUUCUCCACAGCACUGGCAGCUGCAUGCCAUACAGCUCCGUGCGCACAUCCCGCAUCGCUUUCCAGAGUACAGGCGUCUCAGGAGCCACCCUGAGGCCCCAGCCACGGACCAAGCCCAUGGUCCCAUCGCACAAGGAUGGGCACCUUGUGGAGCGAAGCGGGCCAAGGGACCUCACCCCGAGCGCGUGGGCCCUGGCGUCUUCCCGCUCCUCUCCGUCCCUGGAGCCACGUGUGGUGCUGGGCCGCCCCAUGACCGGCCCAGUAGUUCGGGAGGUGACCAUGGCCACGCCCAGGCCGCUCUUCUCAGCACGUGCAAGAUGA